GUUAUCUCCCUUUGUUAAUGUUAUUAUUCUGUUGUUAUCACGACAUUUUUUUGUUUGAUUCAAGAAAAGUAUUCAGUAAGCAUAUUCCAUGCCAUUCAAAGAAAAUUAGGUGAUACAGUGUACAGAAACCAAUGAAUUGUUGGACAUCUCAUCACAAAAUCAGAAAAAUCUGAUUCCGUAAUUAUCUCCCUUGAUCAAACUACAGUUUAUUUUAUAUUUGAAAAUCCCUUUCAUCCUAGAGAAAAUAAUCAGGAUAUUGAUGCUGCAUUAGAAAAGAAACGCACGAAAUAAUAUUAUACUGAGUUGGACCAAUCUGUGAAAACACACAAUGGAGAAUUUAAGCAACACACUCACAGAUUCAUAUGAGAACACACUGAUGAUAAACCAAAUUAGUGAAAUGUAUGUUGUUCAAGCAUUGCGUCAGAGCCAGCUUUUGCAGAGACAGACUAUAAUACCCUCGAAUGAUAAACCUAAAAUAGGUGAUAAAUUUAGUUUUAGUUUUAACUUGCAAUUUAUGGGGAAAUCACAUACUGUUGAUAAACCAAAUACAUGUGAUAUGUGCGGUAAAGGAUUUGCCAAUGGAACAGCCCUAGGAAGACACAUAAGAACACACACUGGUGUUAAACCUUAUAAUUGUGAUAUAUGUGGUAAAACAUUUGCUGACUGUUCAAACCUAAACAGCCAUAAAAGAACACACACUGGUGAUAAACCAUAUAAAUGUGAUAUAUGUGGUAAAGAGUUUGCUCAAAGUUCAGCCUUAGGGAUACACAAAAGAACCCACACUGGUGAUAAACCUUUUACAUGUAAUAUCUGUGGUAAAGGGUUUACUCAAAGUCCAAGCUUAUGGAGACAUAUUAGAACACAUACUGGUGAUAAACCUUAUAUAUGUGAUAUAUGUGGUAAAGGAUUUACUCAAAGUAAUGAUAUGCAGAGACACAUGAGAAUACAUACUGGUGACAAACCUUAUAAAUGUGAUGUAUGCGGUAAAGGGUUUGCUCAAAAUUCAACAAUGCAGAGACACUCAAGAACACACACUGAUAAUAAACGUUAUACAGGUGCUAAAAAUUCAACAUCGAAGAGACACACGAGAACACACAAAGAUGAAGAGUGUAGUUCAAACUUACAAAAGAUGAAAUCAGAUACUGUUGAUAAACCUGAAACAUGUAAUAUAUGUGAUUUAGAGUUUGCUGAUAGAUCAGCAUUACAUACACAUACGAGAACACACAUUGAUGAAAAACCUUUUAUAGAUGAAGAGUUUAGUCUUAGUUCAAACUUACAAAAGAUGAAAUCUCAUACUGGUGAUAAGCCUAAUAUUACAUGUGGUAUAUGUGGUAAAAGUUUUGCUCAUAGUUCAACCUUAGUGAUACACAUAAGAAAACACACAGGUGAUAAACCUUAUAAAUGUGAUGUAUGCAGCAAAAGUUUUGCUCAGAGUUCAAACUUAAAAACACACAUGAGAACACACAGUGGUGAUAAACCGUAUGAAUGUGAAAUGUGUGGCAAAGGGUUUGGGGUUUCUUCAAACUUGCACACACACAUGAGAACACAUACUGGUUAUGCAACUUAUAAAUGUGACAUUUGUGGUAAAGGGUUUAAUCAAAGAAUAAACUUUGAUACACAUAUGAGAACACACACUGGGAAUGAACCUGAGAAAUGGGAUUAUAUGUGGUAAACAUGGUAAAGGUGCUAGUGAUAAUUCAACAUUUCAGAAAGACAUGAUAAUACAUACUGGUGAUAAGGCUAAUAAAUGUGAUGAGUGUAUAGUAGAGAGUUAGAUGAUCGUCAAACUGGUAGAAACGCUUGAUAAAACAUAUUUCAGAUAAUCAAACUUAAUAAGUGUGUGUUGUAAAGUAUGUGGUAAAUGGAUUAGUCAAAUGUUCACAUCACAACACAUAUUGGUGAUAAAUUAUAAUGAAACGUAUGUGGUAAAUUGAUUAGUCAAAUGUACACAUCACAACACAUAUUGGUGAUAAAUUAUAAAUGAAACGUAUGUGGUAAAUGGAUUAGUCAAAUGUACACAUCACAACACAUAUUGGUGAUAAAUUAUAAAUGAAACGUAUGUGGUAAAUGGAUUAGUCAAAUGUACACAUCACAACACAUAUUGGUGAUAAAUUAUAAAUGAAACGUAUGUGGUAAACGGAUUAGUCAAAUGUACACAUCAGAACACAUAUUGGUGAUAAAUUAUAAUGAAACGUAUGUGGUAAAUUGAUAAGUCAAAUGUACACAUCACAACACAUAUUGGUGAUAAAUUAUAAUGAAAUGUAUGUGGUAAAUAGAUUAGUCACUGUUGCCCAUCGAAACACAGAACACACAUUGGUGAUAAAUUAUAAAUGAAAUGUCAGUGGUAAAUUUGUGAGACAAUGUUAACAAUUAGAACACACAUUUAUAGUAAUUAACUAUAAAUGAAAUGUUAGUGGUAAAUUUGUAAGACAAUGUUAAAUAUCAAAACACUCUGGAGAUCAAUUAUAACUGAAAUGAAUGUGGUAAAUGGACAAUUGUACGCAUCAGAACACACAAUGGUGUAAUUAUAAAUGAAAUGUAUGUUGUAAACGGAUUAGUUAAUUUUAGAUAUCAGAGCACCCAUAAGUAAUCAUGGUAAUAAAAUAUAUAUAAAU